UCCAUUCUUGGUCAACAUUUUUUCUCGAUAUUUUGACGAACUCUCUGCAAACCAGUUUUUUCAUCUUCCUCCACUUAUCACCCUUCUUCUGGACCAUCAUUUGCUGGUGAAUUAGGGAAUCCCAAAAACCCACAACUUUUCCCACUCCUUCUCGGUUUCAAUUUCUUUACUCUCUCUUCAUCCUAAUCCCUAUUGCCAAGGGAACACAAAUACCAGGAAAAAUCAUCGCCAAUCAGCAACCUUUUUUCUCCCUUCCUGUAAUUCAUCUCCCCGAGGUUCUAUCGGGAAAGGCUAUCGUCAAGAGUGGAGUUCUUGAAUCAAUAGACGCCAGGGUAAUGUAAUAAUAUUCUCGUCACGGGAUGAACAACGAGGGUUUUGAAGCACAGGUGUUGUCUGAGAAGUUAUCCAAACUCAACAAUUCUCAGCAGAGCAUCGAGUCUUUAUCAAGAUGGUGCAUUUCCCACCGGAAAAAGGCCAAGCAGAUUGUUGAAACAUGGGAUAAAUUAUUCAACUCAUCUCAGAAAGAUCAGCGUGUUUCGUUUCUUUAUUUGGCAAAUGACAUUUUGCAAAACAGCAGGCGCAAGGGAAGUGAAUUUGUGAACGAAUUCUGGAAAGUUCUUCCUGUUUCUCUCAAGUAUGUUUAUGAUCAUGGGGAUGAAAGUGGAAAGAAGGCGGUAGCAAGACUUGUCGAUAUUUGGGAAGAACGAAAGGUUUUUGGUUCUCGGGGUCAGAGUCUUAAGGAUGAAAUGCUUGGUAAAAAUCCACCUCCAUUACCCAACAGCAAUGGAAAGAGUUCAAAUCCUAUAAAGAUAGUGAAGAGGGAUGCCCAUUCUGUGAGAAUUAAACUGGCUGUUGGAGGUGUUCCGGAAAAGAUUCUUACUGCAUUUCAAUCUGUACUUGAUGAACAUUUGAAUGAAGAUGCUGCUCUCAACAACUGUAGUUCUGCAACUCAUCAUCUGAACCAAAUUGAGGAAGACUUGAAUGCUUCCAUAGCUCAAGGAACUCAACCAAGAUCAGCAUUGCUGGACGACCUUCAAGAGCAGGAAAAUGUGGUUCAACAAUGUAUUGGGCAACUUGAAAGUGUUGAGGCAACUAGGGCUUCUUUGGUUUCCUUACUUGUAGAAGCGCUUCAGGACCAAGAAUCAAAGCUGGAACUAGUUCGCAAUCAGUUGCAGAUAGCUCGAUCUCAAAUUGAGCUAGCAAGUAACGUUCGGAAGAGAAUUGUGAGUCCAGUUCCUGGUCCUCUUGCUACGAACAUUGAUCUACUGACAGAAAUGACCCAUGUGACUGAUGUUAAGUUACCUUCAGCUCAAUCAAACACAAUCUCUUCUCAGUCCCCUCUUGUCCAGGCUAUGGUUUCUUCUGCUGGUCCCAAAAGCAGUGAAGAGGAAAACAAGAGAGCUGCUGCUGCUGCUGUUGCUGCAAAGUUGGCUGCUUCUACAUCUUCAGCACAGAUGCUUACCUCUGUUCUUUCAUCUCUUGUUGCAGAAGAAGCUGCUUCCAUGAAUGGUGGCCUAAAAUCAGCUGGGUUUGCUUCAUUAUCCAUAUUCUCUCCUGAAAAACGACAGAAACUUGAGAAGCCAAUGCCGAUUUCUGAUAGUUCAGAUGGAAUUGGCGCGUCAUUCGUUACACCUAUGCAACAACAACAAUUGACAAAUGUGGCACUUGCACAAUCAGCAAAUAUACAGCCUGUAUCCCAGGCGAACCAGAGUCAAGCUUCAUUUGCUCCACCACCUCCGCCAGCUCCACCAGUGAAUCAAUAUGCUCAGUCUGGUGGAAUAAUGGGGGUAUUACCUUAUAACUUUGGAGCAUAUUCUCUACCACCUCCACCUCCUUUACCUCCCCAUAUUGUGAUGGGUUUGAGUAGGCCGACGUCUCAGCCACCUCAGCAACAGCCACAGCAGCCUCAGCAGUCGCAGCCAACUUCAGCAGGAUUUUACAGGCCACCAGGUAUAGGUUUCUACGGGCAAGGUCAGCAGUCGACGCCACCACCUGUCCCUAGGCAGUAAGUUCCCAGGUAGAGUUUACUUGGGGCAAAUGUUCAAUUAAAGGAUUAAUAGCUUUAAACAGGUUAAAUUAGGCAUUCACAUUUCUACUUGCCAUCUGAGAGUUCAUUUCAGAAUAUGUAUUAUCAUGUAAAUUAGUAGAACUUUUUUUUGGUUCUGUAGAAGCUUUAGUAUAUGUCCAUCUCCUGCCAACAAGUUAAAAGGGCAUGUUGCAGCUGAGGUUCGUCCAAUGCUGAUGGAAGAAUUAAGUGGCUAGAUUUAGGCUUUUCCAAUGUAAUGCUAUCGAAAACUGGAAACCUCGGUGAAUUCUCGGCUGCCUCGAAAUUUUACUAUGGCCAGGUAAUCUUUUCUCCAAUUAGAUUGGAAGUUGGGUAGAGUGCCUCCUAGCAGAAUUUUAGUUGACAACGUUAGAUUUAGCUUUGAAGACACUGUUGCCUCUAAAUCUGCAUGGAUGGAUAGAGAGAGGCUAAAUGGACUUGUUUUGGAUAGUCAUAACAGGAUGAUACUGGUCUGUAAUAUAACUUAGUGAGGCCUUGGGAAUUUCUAGUAGAUACAGUACUGCCAUGGUUCUUGUAAUCUGUUGCUCUGUUGCUCUGUUUUCUGAUUCAGUAGAGAAUUUUUAUUUAAAAUAAACUGUUCCUUA